UCUCAAAACUCUGAUCCCGAGGCAACCUUGCGGCUGAUAGGAUGGUUAUCCCCUUCGUCUUCCAUCGUGGUCUCAACUAAGGUUCCCGGCUGCGACGAGCUCCGGCGUAGCAGCAAUGGCAGCGGAAGCAGGCGGUGGAGAAACUGAGCGGUGGUGCGUAGUCACUGGAGGAAGAGGCUUCGCGGCGCGGCACUUAGUGGAGAUGCUUCUGCGAUCCCAGCAAUGGCGGGUUAAGAUCAUGGAUCUCGGGCCAUCCAUCAAGCUCGAACCCCAAGAGGAGGAAGGGACCAUUGGCCAGUCCCUUGCCUCCGGUGAUGCCGUCUAUGUGUCCGCCGAUCUUCGCAAUAAAGCCCAACUCAUCAAAGCAUUUGAAGGGGCAGAGGCCAUUUUCCACAUGGCUGCUCCGGAUUCAUCGAUCAACAACUAUCAGCUUCAUUAUUCAGUAAACGUGGAAGGAAUGAAGAAUGUUAUUGAUGCUUGCAUUGAGUGCGAUGUUAAGAGACUAAUCUGUACUAGCUCGCCUAGUGUUGUCUUUGAUGGUGUUCAUGGACUUUUUAAUGUUGACGAGUCCAUGCCAUACCCAGAAAAGUUCAAUGAUGCCUAUUCUGAGACAAAAUCUGAAGGUGAAAAACUGGCACUCAAGGCUAAUGGUAAAAAUGGACUUUUAACAUGCUGUAUACGUCCUAGUAGCAUCUUUGGUCCUGGUGAUAGGCUGUUGGUGCCCUCUCUAAUUGCAGCUGCAAAGGCUGGGAAGUCUAAGUUCAUCAUUGGUGAUGGUAAUAAUGAGUAUGAUUUCACGUAUGUUGAGAAUGUGGCAUAUGCCCAUGUAUGUGCCGAACGGACUCUAGCCUCCGGAGGUUUAAGUGCAGAAAAAGCAGCUGGCCAGGCCUACUUUAUAACAAACAUGGAGCCUAUAAAAUUUUGGGAGUUCAUGUCCCGGAUUCUUGAAGGUCUUGGAUACGAGAGGCCAAGAAUGAAAAUUCCUGCCUCUGUUAUUAUGCCAAUCGCCCAUUUGGUUGAGAGGACCUACAAGAUGCUUGCUCAGUACGGAAUGCGGGUCCCUCAGUUGACACCUUCUCGAGUCAGACUUCUCUCAUGUAACAGGACAUUUAACUGUUCAAAAGCUAAAUCACUGCUGGGCUACGAACCUGUUGUCUCACUCGAGAACGGGCUGAAGAGGACAGUUGAGUCAUAUCCUCAGUUGAGAGCUGAGGAGAAAACCCGAAUGAUAUCUAAAGCUUCUGCUUACCUUGGAAAUGGAAACAUUGCCAAUGCACUUCUGUGGAAAGACAAGAAACAAACACUUACGAUUUUGCUGCUCUUGGCGACUAUAUAUUACUACUUUUUCACAUCUGGUUUUACCUUCAUCAAAGCCACUGCAAAGCUUCUCUCUGUGGUUGCGCUAUUCUUGUUCAUCCAUGGAAUGCUUCCUGAAAAGAUAUUUAGUUACAAAAUUGAGAAAAUUUCACCUACUUAUUUUCACCUAUCGGAAGAGAAAUCACAGUGCCUUGCUUAUUCUGUCACUUCUUCGUGGAAUUCUGCCAUUGGCAUAGUAAGAUCUCUUUGCAGGGGAAAGGACUGGCCCUUAUUUCUGAAGGUGUUUUUCAUGCUAUUAGCCCUCAGCUUCUUUGCAUCGAUGUCAUUUCAGAGCAUUUUCAAACUAGCCAUUCCAUUUUUGUUCAUUGUGUUCAUUGUAUACGAGAAAUGGGAGGAUGAAAUCGAUGGUGUUGUUCAUAACAUUUGGUCACGCACUAUGAAAUUGAAGGCCAAUGUCACGAAGAAACCUAUAAAGCAACACUGAUCCUCGUAAAAAUUAGGUGAUUUCAGGGUUUUAAUGUAGCAAAAUGUAUGAGAUUUUCGGUGCAUCAGAAAGCACUCUGCCAUUCGCUUGCAGUCUGUAAGUCUGAUGCGACGUUUUGAAACCGUGUUGUGUUGUGUUCUCUUAGUUUGCUGCACCAGCAUUGUGUUUUUAAGAACCGAUAUUGUCACCCUGGUAUUUUAUUAUUCACUUCUGAGUCUCAUCUUGCAGGUUUAUAAUGUGCUAGAUUUUGAUGAAUUAAACUGUUUGUGGUUUAAUGUUUAUCAGUUUAUGUUA